ACCCUCCCCCGGCCGGCGCGGCCCGCCCUGGCGAGUCAGUCCUCGGGUUCCCUCCCUCCCCGGGCGCGCUCGGGCCGCCGCUGCGCUCCCCGCCCUCCAGCCGCCUUGCCGGAGCCGCCCGCUGCCGGAGGAGGAGGUGGAGGAGCCGCAGGGGCCCGCCGAGGCGGCGGCGGCGGCAAGAUGGCGGACUUCCUGCCGUCGCGCUCCGUGCUGUCCGUGUGCUUCCCGGGCUGCGUGCUGACGAACGGCGAGGCCGAGCAGCAGCGCAAGUCCAAGGAGAUCGACAAAUGCCUGUCGCGGGAGAAGACCUACGUGAAGCGGCUGGUGAAGAUCCUGCUGCUGGGCGCGGGCGAGAGCGGCAAGUCCACCUUCCUGAAGCAGAUGCGGAUCAUCCACGGCCAGGACUUCGACCAGCGCGCGCGCGAGGAGUUCCGCCCCACCAUCUACAGCAACGUGAUCAAAGGUAUGAGGGUGCUGGUAGAUGCCCGAGAGAAGCUUCAUAUUCCCUGGGGAGAUAACAAAAACCAGCUCCAUGGAGACAAGUUGAUGGCAUUUGAUACCCGCGCCCCCAUGGCUGCCCAGGGGAUGGUGGAGACUCGAGUGUUCCUGCAGUAUCUUCCUGCUAUCAGAGCCUUAUGGGAGGACAGUGGUAUACAGAAUGCCUACGAUCGGCGCCGGGAAUUCCAGCUGGGUGAGUCUGUAAAGUAUUUCUUGGAUAACUUGGAUAAACUUGGAGUACCGGAUUACAUUCCAUCACAGCAAGAUAUCCUGCUUGCCAGAAGGCCCACCAAAGGCAUCCAUGAGUACGACUUUGAAAUUAAAAAUGUUCCUUUCAAAAUGGUUGAUGUAGGUGGCCAGAGAUCAGAACGGAAACGCUGGUUUGAAUGCUUUGACAGUGUGACGUCGAUACUUUUCCUUGUCUCUUCAAGUGAAUUUGACCAGGUGCUUAUGGAGGACCGCCAGACCAAUCGCCUUACAGAAUCUCUGAACAUUUUUGAAACAAUUGUCAACAAUCGGGUUUUCAGCAACGUCUCCAUAAUCCUCUUCUUAAACAAGACAGACUUGCUCGAGGAGAAAGUGCAAGUUGUUAGCAUCAAAGACUAUUUCCUAGAAUUUGAAGGGGACCCCCACUGCUUAAGAGACGUCCAAAAGUUUCUGGUGGAAUGCUUCCGGGGGAAACGCCGGGACCAGCAGCAGAGGCCGUUGUACCACCACUUCACCACCGCGAUCAACACAGAGAACAUCCGCCUCGUGUUCCGGGACGUGAAGGACACGAUCCUUCAUGACAACCUGAAGCAGCUCAUGCUGCAGUGAUGACAAGACUCGCUGUUUUAAUACCUUGUUGUGAUUUUGAUUGUUUUCUGUUUGUCUUGUUUUUCUCUUUAAAUGGCAGUUUACAACAGCAGUUAGAAGAAUCUCAGUUGUGUGUGUCUAACUUCUUGGAGAACUUAGUUCAUCUGUGGCCUUUAGUUUGUGGCUGACAGCUGCUGAAUUAACCCAUUGCCAAUAUCUGCUAGAAUUUGGGCUUUGAUUGGUUUCACUGUGGCUUACCUUCAAGUCCAAUUAUAACUUCCUGGCAACCUUACACUAGGUGUUUUUCAGGCCUUGAAUUCUCAUAACUGUCCUGCAGUUCUAAGAAUAGGCAGUAUCUUUAAGAACUUGUAGGGAUGAGAGUAUGAAAAUUCAGCUCUAAAGAGAGAGAGUGCCUUACCCAGCAAUGACAUGCCUCCCUAUGUGAGCCCUGGUCUGGAAGGGCUGUUAGAGAAAAGUUUUAGGGAGGAGUCUCGGCCCACAGAGGCUUGGCCCCCUACACACACAGCAGUAGUUUGUUUUCCCUCAAUUUCUCUAAUUUCUGUAGGGCAGCAGUCUCAGCCCACAGAGGCUUGGCCCCCUACACACACAGCAGUAGUUUGUUUUUCUCAGUCUCUUUACUUUCUGAAGGUAAUGUCUUACUGCUUAAGUUUACAAGAUGGAUCUCAGCCUGAUGCUGAUGCGGUCACAAAUGGUACAUGUGCUAUGUUGAUCUGAGAUGAGCAGUGACACGCAGUUUCCUUUGCCAUACAUGCUGUCACUAACUUAAUGUGCCAUGUUACAACAUCUGGAGAGGGCAAGCACCCUGGUGACGGACAUCACCAUAGCAGCCCCAGAGUGUGACUUUCUGGUCCUGUCUCCUUGGACUUUGUGCCUUGCUGGAGAGAACCACUGUUGGGUCUUCUUCCUUUAGCCCCACUGUCUCAACCUCAGCAGCUCUGAACUGUGGUGCUCUCGGGCUUCUCUUGUCCCCGAGAGCUUGGUGGGCAGCAUUUCCCUGUGAACUGUUCAAAAAGGCAUCCUUUCAGUACCCUGUCCCUGGUUAGUGUCUCUCUGUGACAGAGUUUGUAUGUGUUGUGUGUGUCAUCGUGUGUGAGACACAGCUUCAUUGAGGUACAUUCAAAUGUCUUAAGGAUGCAUCUAAGGAUAAGCAAUUUUUUUUUGGCCCAUACUUAAGGAGGUUUGCCUUCACACACACACACACACACACACACACACACACACACACACACACACACACACACACACACACACACCAUUGCUAACUUAAACCAUGCCCAUGAGGUAGCUUGUGAUAAAAUACAGUGGCUGGUGUACAAAACCAUUUGGCAUGUUCCAACUGGCCUGGGAGUUUGUAGAACCUGAGCUUGUCCCUGCUGUCCCUGGAGAGCACACGAGGGCAGUGAAGCCUGUUUUACUGUGUGACUAUUCUCAGGCAAGAAAUUGCGCCCUGAAAGACUGGCUGACUAUGAGGCCCAAAAGCAGUGGCUUUCUUCUUUUCUUGCUGGAGGGUGCCAGAGCUGGGCCCUAGUGUAUGUAUACUUGAGAGACCUGACUUGUCCUGGAUUUGAGCUUUCACUGUCAUUCUGGUUAUAAAGUCCAGUGCUUUCUUGCCUUGGUAAUAUCAUGAGCUUAAGACAUGUAUGUCAGUAUCACAGUGCAGGUGUUGUUAGCAUAAUUCACCAUAAUUCAUGGUUCUACAUCUGGUCCUUUUUCUGUCAAAAAAAAAAAAAAGAUAUGUCAUUUAAAUGUAUGGUUAGCAUCACUCCAAUGCUGAUGAGCAUUUGAGUGUGUGUGCAGUAAUGUGUUCUGUGUUAAUUUAGCAAACAUUAUUGUGCAUUGGCCACAACUAAGUGCAGUGAAGGCAGCAGAAGUCAGUCCCACCAGAAAGCAGUUGUGUCUGGUUACAUUUAAGCUCUGUGGUGAGCACAGAAAUUCUGCCUGACAGAGCAGGAUCUCUGACUUCCUCCAUUGUGACCGUCACCAAGAAAGGACCAGAGCUCCUGACUAGAGACAGCAUCCUUCCGGGUCCCUGCAGCUUCCUUCUGGAGCGUGCAGCAUCUUAGAACCCAGUGCGGUCUAGAUCCAUUCUCACGUGGUAGAUUACUUACAUGCCGUCUCCACAGGAUUGGUUAGAACUUAAAGAACAGUGAGGCCCAGCCAGAAAGCCACGGUCCACACUUACAGUCUGACACUUACACACCCUGAAAGUCAGGUCCUUUUGUGAAGUGAAAUACUGUUGUGUGAAGAGGGCGAUGGAAUUUAGCCAACAGAAUUGAAAAGGUGCCUAACCCUCCGUGUGCUGACUUCUCCCUCCUGGCCCCUGAGCCAUGCCUUGGAGCUGAGGCUCUGUGGGGCAUUGGUCUGUGUAUGUCUCGGGUGCUUGGAGUGACUGUGCCUAAUCCAGACUCCUCCUUCAAUCCCGCAGCCUUCCUGCUUACUGACAGAGAACCACACAAGUGUCUUGGUUGACUUCGAAAUCUUUUUAUACAUUUCAGAGUUGCCUUAUAAAUAAGAGAACAACCCAGACUUAGACCUUAAUUUUCUUUGUAAUGGGGAAAGGGCUUUGUUCCACAUUUUCUUAUACUCUCAACUCAAGAUGUGCCACCCAGAUAUCUGUCUGUAAUGGCCUGAGAUGUUGCUCUCUGCCAAAUCCUGUCUGUAUUCAAUAGAAGCCUCCCUAUCAGGUUUUCUAUCUGGAAAGGGUACUUGAUAGCCAAAGAGAAGCUUCAGCCAAGCCAGACAGGAUGUCCUGAAGAGGAGCAUGUUGGGUUUUUUUGUUUGUUUGUUUGUUUUCCUAUCGCAGUGCAUUGUGGGUACUCCACACCCAAAGGGUCCUCUGGUGAAGUUCUCAAGUUGGGACUCAACAGGGAAAUGCUUGUUACGUUAGUGGCAGCUGUUGCUGUUACUAAAGUAAGAGUAAGACCACCAUUAGUACCAGAAGUGACAAGAAUUGUUAGAUCCAGCAAAAAGCAUAUGCCCCCAAGUAACUCAUACCUUCUAGUGUGUAUGCCCAAACGCUUGGGCAUCUGUUUUGAUGGCAUGCAUUUCUCAGUGUUGGUAUUCACAUCCGGUUAUGCCUCGUUUAUAUGAAGAAUAAAAUGGCCAAGUUAUGCGGUUAUAUCCUGAGACUCAAGCUAUUUGGAAAACCCUCAAAUUGGCGCUUUCAUUAUUUAAUGAUACAUUUAGGCAAAACCCCAAACAAACCAUCUGAAACCUGACUCCGAGGUGCAAUUUGUUAGCGAUGUUAUUUUUCUCGUUUGAGAAGACCAAGCGUCAGUGUUAAUUUGAAUUUCCUGUAUGAACCCCUGCAUCCCACCUUUAAGGCCCAGUCAAACGUUUGUAAGACGUCCCCUAAUAAACCUAGAGAGGCUGCUUCCUUACCCUCUCAUUUCUUUUCAUUUUAUUUGAAUGACGGAGAGUGAAGCUUUUCAGGUCCUUUUAUUUGGAAAAAUCAGACUUUGGCUAUCUGUCUCUUUCCUGAGAUUUCAGCACGUUAAAUUCCAUGAGUCAAGGGAUCUUUGGUUCUUGCUGCUUGAAUGAAAGUUUUUUUCUGCUUUUUCUUUUUUUCCUUUUCUUUUUAAAAAAAAAAAAUGUGGUUGGCUUUUCAGCCCAGAAAGCAUGAGGGCACGUGAUGCCCGUUUUCUUAUGGUACGAGUUUAGGGCUUAGUCAGUUUACAAUAGGAUUGAAUUUUGUGUCAAAACCUGAUGGUGGCUCCUCAGAUACCAUCAGCUAGAUGCUUCUAGCCGUGCCCGGCAGGCGGGCAGGUAUCAGAUUCAUCAAAGCAGUGUUCAUCCGCUAACAUUGUGCCGUCCUCCCGGAUGUAGAUCAGCACCGGAAUUUACCUGCUCAUCCCUCCGUAGAGCAAGCAGUCAGGUCUGACCAGCCAGUUUUGAGUGCCUUGGGUGGCACAUGGCAUUGUUUUGUAUCUGUUGGCUUGCAUAUUUGUGCUUUUGAGGCAGGGUCUCCUUGGGUACCCCAGAGUGGUCUUGAAUUUGAGAUCCUCCUGGCUCAACUUCCCAACUGCAGAGAUUACCACUUGUUUUGUCUUUUUGUUUUGUUUUUGUUUUUUAAAUAAAGCACUAGUCAUGUGAUAGCGUUUAGUGGGCUGUGAUGUGACUUUUAUGACGUAUGCUAUGUUAAUCUUGAUGAAAUUGCCAGAUGGUGUAAAGCCUACCUGAAUCUACGAGGUAGAAGUUUUGGGUCUGUGAGGGUCACUGAUGGCCACAAACCACCUUCUCGGUAUGCAAUCCUUGCUCCAUUCACAGAUGCAACGUUGCCAAAGGGAGUGACGAUUUUGACACUAACCGUGCCUCUUCAAUGGCACCGGGGAUGACAGGGGAGGAGGCAGUGUGUUCUUGUUGGGUGCCUAUGGUAAUGAAGCAUAUACUGUGUACCUUCUCUUCACCUCUUACUUGAAAGCAGAUUCGCAAAAUAUCCUGAAUGACUUCUCUCUCUUACACGUGAGCUCACAAGGCCCAAGAAGCCUUAGUAGAGGCACACAGUGCAGACCUUAUAGACGGUGUUCCUAACGAGACAUGGUUUAUGCUACACUCAAUAAAAGUAUUUGUGUCUGGUAGGGUUUGUUUGUUUGUUUGUUUGUUUGUUUGUUUCUCCAUUCAUCUUUCUAAAACUUUCCUGAAACUAAGCUGGUUACAGUUGUAGACAAAAAAGAUGGGUUUUGGUCAGAGAUUUGGUUCAAGAGUCGCCGUAAAUUAUUCCUGUAGGUAGAUCUAAGAGUCCAAAGGUAUGCUUUCAUUUCACCAAACAAAUUAAUAUGCAUAAAGGCCUUUUACUUUUGUACAUAUUUUGCAAAAGUUUGUCCCUCUACUAUUAAUAUUUGCUUUGUAAAAAUUACUGACAUUUAAUAAACAUUUAUAAAUGA